UCCGUUAACAGUACGCUCAAUUUUCGUAGCCUCAGUACCGAAGCGAACGCAGCGUAGUUAGUAGUGCGUUCGAUGUUAUCUGGAAACUACGUUUCGCUGUGUGUGUGCCGGAACAGUAUUCGCCAAACCGAAGACAGGGGACGUGUUUCUCGUCACUCUGUGGACGUGGAAGCAGAAAAAGAGAUGUUGUACGUACCACAGCAAGAUAAAUCCGAGAGAGAACACGUAAAAGGAAAACGGAAUCUGCCCAAUCACAGGCUGUCAUGUACUUGGCGGGGCUCCUUUGGAAAAGCCAUUCUACACGAUCUCAUAUUGACCAGCGUGCCCUGUGGUAGUGAAGCACAAAGGACUAGCACUCGAAUACUGCGCACUGGACAGCGGAUAGGCCGAGAAAUAAUAAUGGGAAAUGUUCCACAUGGUGGAAAGUACUGAGGCAAGGAAACACAAACUGAGCAACACGUCCUCCGGUCCGACCAGAGCCGGGACAAACGACGUGGUCACGCUACCACUUAAAAAUGUCCACCCACGCGGUACAUUCCCAGGCCACACGGUUUACUCGAUCUCAAGAAACUGACGGUGUAUAUGCAGCUGAGUACUGACGGGAUACAGAAGAAAGCAAUGUUUAGCUUUUCGUAGCUUACAGAAGCAAAUAUGCAACCCCCAGAACUUGACAUUGUCACUCAGUUUCGGUGUCUGCUGUACCCAGGGGGUACAGCAAAAGGUACACCCGCGAAAUAAAAGGCACAAAUUAAGGGCUAUACAUGUUGUUGUUGAAUGCCAUGUCACGUUGAAUGGUGGGUCAAAGUGAAGUCAAAUGACUGGUUUUCAAGCUGAUAUCUAAUGAUGAGUUGUGAUGUUGAUGUCGAGUGAUGUGUUAUGACGUUGAUGUGAGGAGGUGAUUAAGGUCCAUCAUGGCGUGAUAUGACGUUGAAGUUGGUGUAUAAGGAUGGGCUAUGUUGCGUGAUGUUGAAGUUGAUGUUAAAUGAUGGCUUAUGAUGUUAAAGUCGAAGGAUUGGUUGUGAAGUGGAACUAAAAUGAUGAGUUUUGAAAUUGAUGUCGAGUGAUGCGUUAUGACUUUGAUGCGAUGUGAUGGUAUGUCAGUAAAGCCCACCAUGAUGUGAUGAUGAAUGAAUUUAUAGGAACGUGCCGACCUA